GGCGAAACGAAAAAAGUGUCAAAGUUAUUUAUGAAAACCGCUUCAACAAAAAAAAGAACAAAUUAAUGAGGAGGGAUCAAAUACAAAGUCAUAUGCAAGUGAGCUAGUCCUGCGGCGAUCGUUCGAGAAAGAGGAUCUUUCUUUCGUUUUCAUUUCAAUAUAAAAAAAAUAAGUGAAAAUAAUAGACAAUGAAAUCAUUCGUGUCAGUUCCAUCAAACAGCGAUUUUUCCAUUUACAAUUUACCAUACUGUGUGUUUUCAACACAACAAAAUGCGAAAAAGCGUAUUGGUGUUGGCAUUGGCCAGUUGAUUCUGGAUUUAUCAACUGUUACCGAUUUCUUUGCACCAGAGUUUGUUGACGCAUUAAAUGAUGAAGUACUCAAUUCAUUGAUGGCUUUAACUCCAGCAGCAUGGAAAUCCAUUCGGAACACCAUUCAAAAUUUGUUGCUUGAAAAUUCGGAAUUAGACCGAAACGAUGCAUUAAAAGAGAAAGCAUUCAUUGAGCAAAAAAAUGCCGCAUUCCAUGUGCCCGCUAAGAUUGGCGAUUAUACUGAUUUCUAUUCGUCAAUUCAUCAUGCAACAAAUGUUGGUAUUAUGUUUCGAAGCAAAGAGAAUGCGUUAAUGCCCAAUUGGAAACACUUACCCGUUGGAUACCAUGGUAGAGCUAGCUCAAUUGUUGUGUCCGGCACUCCAAUACAUCGACCAUACGGUCAAACAUUGCCGGUUGAUGGUGCCGAUCCAGCAUUUGGACCGUGCCGAUUGCUCGACUUUGAAUUGGAAAUGGCCGUCUUUGUGGGUGGUGCACCAACGAAAUUGGGCGAACGUGUCAAUGCUGAACAAGCUGUAGACCACAUCUUUGGCUUCUCUUUGAUGAACGAUUGGAGCGCCAGAGACAUUCAAAAAUGGGAAUAUAUUCCGCUUGGACCAUUUACCGCAAAAAAUUUCGGCACCACUCUGUCACCGUGGGUUAUUCCAGUUGCCGCAUUAGAACCAUUUGCCGUUGAUAAUUUUCCACAAGAUCCAACUCCAUUCGCUUAUUUACAACAUAAGAAACCAUUCAAUUUUGAUAUUGUACUCGAAGUCAGCUUGAAACCUCAAAAUGGUGUUGAAUCUGUGAUUUGUAUGUCAAAUUACAAGUAUCUGUACUGGACAGCUUUACAACAACUAGCCCAUCAUACAGUGACGGGAUGCAAUUUGAAUCCGGGUGAUGUCUUUGCAUCGGGAACUAUCAGCGGUGAAACACCCGAUUCAUAUGGAUCAAUGCUCGAAUUAAGCUGGAAAGGAACCAAGUCAAUUUUAUUGAAAAACAAUGAAACUCGCAAAUUCCUAGCUGAUGGGGAUGAAGUCAUCAUUCGGGGCUAUUGUCAGAAAGAUAAUGUUCGCAUCGGUUUCGGUGAAUGUUCAGGAGUUGUUUUACCAGCCAUUCCAUUGGAACAAUGCACGUGAUUAAAGAGAAAUUAAAUGAGACAACCAAAAGUACAUACGAAGAUUCUGUAAUGCCUCCAAUGUGGAUAGCAUAUAACAACUAAAUGUUUUACUACGGAAAAUGUAUAAUUGAUUCCUUCUUUUAAUUUUGAUUAAUCAAAUAAAAUUCGAGCAAAAAAUUCAUAUAUUCUAUUAGAAUACUGGGAUGACCAUUCUAGAAGAAAAGUUGUGAGUCAGACUGCAGUUAUGCUGUAAUUUGACAUCUCGAUUCAUGAUCUCACUCAUUCUCUCUUUCUCUAUCAACAAUAACAGCGACGUUUUUUGGCACAGAAAUUAAAUGUUGUUGCAAAAAGUACACACACGCACGACAAAUGAACAAUCCACUACGUGAUGUCGGCCAGGUUAUGUGGAAAUCGUGUGUAUGUUUGGUCGUGUCACCGAAACCACCGAUUCCAGCCAGAGAUCGGCGCCGAUACGAAGCGAAAUUUUCAAACAACGUACAUGUGUACGCAUGAGCUAAAAAUGAAUGUGGCGAACCAAAUGCAUAUACAUAUUUUAAUACAAACGCACCAUUUAUGAUGACAAUUUCAUUAUAUUUUCUUUCUAUCAAACUUAUAAUGUUCGUGUUCAUGCAACAAGCAACAUUAGUCCGAGUUUCCUAACAAAUUCGUUCAAUUUCUUUUUCAUACUCGUAACAAUAUUCUGGUUUUUUUUUCUAUCUCUCUCUCCCCAUUGUUCGCUUGUUUGCUGUUUUUUCUCUUUUUAUAUAUUUGUUUCACGCUCGUUAUCAUCAUCGACAUUGUAUUCUAAACAUAAACUCCCAUUUGUAGACUCGCAUCCAGAGGCUUCUCCUUGCGAACUGACUUUAAUUCUCUCCACUGUGUUUAGAAUAUGUUGAAAUGCAUCGUUUUCAUUCGAUAUGUUUGAUGGUGUUUUUCUUGUUGCCAGGAGUUCUUUUAAACGGUUCAACUUGAUAUUUGUCUGCUUUCUUUGGCGUUCUGCUAGAGCGCCUUGACGGUCCUUCCGCUUUGGUAAGGCUAUGUCGCUGGCGCGUUCCACUUGAUGUCUGCUCAUUAACUACAAUCUUUCCACACGAAACGGCUGCACUUCCAGCCCCAACGCUUUCCUCAAAAAUGCCAGAAGAUUCUUCCAUUUCCUUUGAUGUUGACUGAAGUGAUUCAUUGCAAAUUCAUAUCACCACUGAUGAGUAUGUUGGUGGACUCACCAGCCGAUGCAAAGGUAUCAUCAUCCACACGGCUCACAUCCGAAUGUUGAUUGUAUGGAGAUGAUUGAGACGAUGAAACAUUUUGCUCAUCGACAUAGUCAUCACAGGAAUCCAUCGUUGCAGGAACACCUGAGUUAUUGUCUCUAACAUUGGCAUCACCACUGAUGACUCGACCAUCAUCAUCAUCAGCAACACUGCGCGGUUUAAUAGUUUCAACUUUUGAAUGGGAUGUUCGAAUAUCAUUUAUCCCGGUUCGUCAACCCGUUCCGUCGUUAACCAGUUCGGUUCGAUUUUAAACGCGUUUUGAUGCCAUAUCGAUAGCUAACUCUUUCCAUGUGAAUGUCGAAUUUUUUGCGUUUUUUAUCUCGAUGCAGAAGAUGCAAACUCGGCAGUCCUUCGUCUUGUUUUCCCAACGAACCUAAAAUCAAAAAACAAAACAAAUCACACAUAACAGAUGAAAAGAAUAUAGAAUCUCCAAGGACAGAUGGAAUUGGCUUUUGGCCAACAAGUGGAAAAUGCGUUUCAAUUGUUCGAAUAUUUUCUAAUUUUUCUUGUACUCACCGUACCAAGAUCCAUCCGUUUCGUUAUUCCAAUAAUAUGGGCUAGCUGUAUGCAAGCCGGCACCAUUCUUCUGUAUAAUCAUGCAUGCCACUGUGAAUCAAUUGCAAAAAAAAACAUUUGAGUAAAGUACAGAUAAACCUUAGCUCUAGCAAUCUGUGCCAUUUUUCAUAAGGCGUCUCCACUCGCAUUGAGUUUGUAUUGUGAAUGUUAAGGUGCGUGCAACGCCCUUCAAUGUAAAAAACAAUACAAGUGGAGAUGAUACACGGGAUUUAUCUGUACUUUCAAUUUCAAUUAGCGACAAUAUGACUCUCGAUGAAGAGCUCCAUCUUAUCAAUGUCUUUGUAUGGUUUCUGGAGUUUUGUUAAAAGACUUAAGCAAUUGUCUACAACGGUUUUAGUCCAUUAUCAUGUUGAUAUGCAUUUCUACCAAUUGUGUUUUCGAUGCCUUCUUCGAUUGUUUUUCUCACAUCUCACAUCAUCGAAUUGAUUCUGUACGAGAAAAAAGACAAAACAACAAAACCAAAUUGAAACAAUGGUAUAUACUCAGUUAUACAGCAACAACUGCAUGAACAAUGAUGUAUGUUGUCGACUAGCAACCAACACCAAACACAAACGAAACACUUACCUCAUCUUUAAUUUCAUUAAUCAUAGUUUCGUUCGAUUAAACUCUAUUUCCCAAUCCAGAUAAUUUCAAAGCUAAAUAUUCUUAAAUACACCAGAUUGAUUUUCGAAAUGAAUAAAAUUUAAACAGUAAAUUUGUUGUUUAUUGCGUUAGCAUUGAAAAAUUCAA